AUGACUGGAAUGAAAAAGGCUCUGGGAAGUUCGGGUAAUGAAGAAGAGGUUAACGAAGAAGAUUUACUGAUAAUACAUGCCCCACCGAAACCAAUUAACAAUGACUGGUCAUUACAACGGGCCGUGGCUGCAAAAUUUGAAUUAUUUGUGGAUAAAUCGUUAACAAUUAGUAAAUGGAAUUGUGGUUUAGAUAAAAGACUGAAUACAUGGCUCAAUCCUCAACUACAGGAUUGA